AACCGUUAGAACUGAGUAGAGUGAUCACUCACAGUCACCGAUCGGAGAAGACACAACCAACUUUCCUUCCAUACCAGAAAAUAUCUAUGUCUGAGGAAGACAAAGGUAGAAGAAGGAUCAUGCUCUUACUCUACUGUCCUUCACUUUCCAACCUACUUCAGCUGGCUGUUUGUGAGGAUCAACGAAUAGAUUUGGGUUACAUAGCCACAGCAUUUGGGUUAGACCCAUUAACACUCAGAAUCAAUGGCCACUUCAUCGCUACAGGAAUCGACUUCAUCUCCUCCUAUCUUACUUGGAACUCACUCUUUUCUUUCUUCUCUGCUAAACGACUCUCCACUGGUAAAUACCCUGCUUCUGACCCAUUAAUCGUCCAUGGAAAGCUCUCCAGACUCGGAACAAAGAGAGCGCAUGAUCCUCAGGAUGAUCGUAGUAGGCCAGAGGUUGAAGAUGAUAUUGUUUUACCAAGCAAUAAUAAGAAGAUGAGAGAAGCUGAUUCAGAUAUUCUAGAAAAGGAUAAUAAUAAUGAAUUGUCCAAAAGCAUUUCAAGCAACCGUUUUAGAUGCACUCCCAUGAAGAGGACAAGGGAAAAUGAUGUUGAUGAAGCUAUUGUUUCAGCUCCCUACAAGAAAAUCAGAUGAAUUCUUUAAUUUUUUCAAAAAUUAUUCCUAUUGUAAAUUGUGAGAGUUCCAUACAGAAAAUUUGUAAAAAUUUGUGUAAUGACAUUGUAUACAAGUACUCUGAUCGUGAGUUCUCUAAUGAGUUGAAUGAAAAUUGAAAGUUCUCUUAGAGUUUGAGAUUGUCAAAA